AUGUUGCAUUCACUACCGGAAGGUGAUCCGAAGAUUGAGAAAUGCAAUAUUGGCCUUGAAAAAGUUGCUAAUGAAAGAGAGAAUAACCCACCUGAGAAACGAUCUGAAGUUGUGAAAAUGUAUAUGAAACGCGGCAAGAUUUGGUCAGAAAAACAAGAUUAUGAUCGAGCUAUAGAAAACUACUCUAAAGCGUUAGAUGCACAAUUGAACGACGACGGACCUAAUAAUUAUGAAACCGCUGAUAUUUUCACGACACUGGGCCAUGUGUACACGACUUUGAAAAAUUACAAUUUAGCUCUUCAGUACUAUGACGAAGCUUUUGAAAUACAAGCAAAAUUAUUCGAAGAAUACGCUCCAGAAAUUGUAGUAGCAUCAAACCGAUUCUUUGAAAGCAACAGUAUUGACGCACGUGAGUAUUCAGAUUCACUAGUAGACUUAUCUCGAAAUUAUCAAAAACUUCCACAAUCACUGAACAACAAAGGCAAAAUAAACUAUUACAAAAAAGAAUAUGAAAGAGCUAUGAGAUCGUACGAACGAGCAUUAGAAGUUCAACUACUGUUUCAUGCGAACGGUCCUCAGAUCGAGAUUGCCAAAACAUACAUUAACAUUGCUGAACUUUAUGAAGAACGCUAUCAUAAUUAUGCCGAAGCAUUACUUAACUAUGAGAAAGCCUUAGACGUAUAUGAAAAAGCGGCAGGUUCAGUUUUUUCUCAAGAGGUUGCAAAGAUUCAUAAUGAUAUUAUGCGUGUCAAAACAGAAUUUCUGAAUUCGUCGUCACUUUCUCCUAGAAAAACAGAAAAUGAAAGUCGACUGGAAGAAAUCACACGCCCAGAACAAAGUGAAGCGAAUGUACAUGUUGAUAUCGACGAAGAAGAAGACAACUUUCUAAAUGAAUUUCAACGUCAGCUUCUACUGAGAAAGGCGUUACUUUCAAAGGGACACGAUUUGAGCCAGAUUGUAGCAAUCUAUAUUUAUUGUCGAGACAGCGAAGAUAAUGAGCAGUGGUCAAAUGCUUAUGAAAAAGUGAGAUGA